AUGCCGGUGAGGCGCGGACAUGUGGCUCUACAGAACACAUACCUGGAUACAAUCAUCCGCAAAUUCGACGGUCAGAACCGUAAGUUCCUGAUUGCGAACGCUCAGAUGAAAAACUGUGGAAUCAUCUACUGUAACGAUGGCUUCUGCCAGAUGUUCGGCUUCUCGCGGGCGGAGAUCAUGCAGCAGCCGUGUACGUGCCAGUUCCUCGCCGGACCGGGGACCAUGAAGAGCGCUCUGGCCCAACUUGCCCAGGCCCUGCUCGGUUCCGAAGAGCGCAAGGUCGAGAUCCUCUACUACUCCAAAGAAGGGACGUGUCGGCCGUGUUUGAUCGACGUUAUUCCGGUUAAGAACGAGGAGGGACUGGUGAUCAUGUUUAUCCUGAAUUUCGAGGAGCUGCUUGAGCCUGCGGUGAAAAAAGGCCUCAGACAGCGAGUCACCCAGAGCUGGAUACGAUCAGCUCAGAAACGCAAACUGAGGUUGAGAAUGCCGUCUCUACGAGUCACACAACAACCCAGCCACUCCAAAGAGCAGUUUGAGGGAGUCAUGGUGGACUACCUACAGCCGCCGGGCGAGGACGUGGCGCUGAAGAGUUUCCCUGCGCCCUGUAAGGAGAGCUCGCUGCAGUGUGAGACUCAGGCUCUGAUCCAGCAGGAACAAUCGUUCACCACCUCUCCAUCGUUUGGACUGGACACCGGUGGACUCCCGGCGCCCGCCACACACUCCCGCGCACACUCGCGCGAGAGUGUACACAGCCUCCGACGUGCCUCCUCCCUGCAUGACAUCGAUGCCAUCAGAGACCAGUGCAGCGAUCUGAAGCCCAACAACGUGAACUCCACAUCAGAUUCAGAUCUGAUGAGACUCAGAACCAUUAACCGGAUCCCCCAGGUGACGCUGGCGUUCGGGGCGGAGCGGCUCAGACCUCCUUCUCCCACUGAAAUAGAGAUCAUCGCCCCCAGCAAGAUUAAAGAUCGAACGCAGAACGUCUCAGAGAAAGUCACACAGGUCACUCAGGUUUUGUCUCUGGGGGCCGACGUGCUGCCCGAGUACAAGCUGCAGGCGCCGCGCAUCCACAAGUGCACGAUCCUGCACUACAGCCCGUUCAAGGCGGUGUGGGACUGGCUGAUCCUGCUGCUGGUGCUGUACACGGCCGUGUUCACGCCCUACAGCGCCGCCUUCCUGCUCAGCGAACACGAGGACGAGGGCCGGCGCGCCUGCGGCUACACCUGCAACCCGCUCAACGUGGUGGACCUGGUGGUGGACGUCAUGUUCAUCGUGGACAUCGUGAUCAACUUCAGGACCACGUAUGUCAACUGCAACGACGAGGUGGUGAGCCACCCGGGACGAAUCGCGCAGCACUACUUCAAGGGCUGGUUUCUCAUCGACAUCGUGGCCGCCAUUCCCUUCGACCUGCUCAUCUUCAGAUCCGGCUCAGACGAGCCCCAGACCACCACUCUGAUCGGUCUGUUGAAGACGGCACGCCUGCUGCGCUUGGUACGAGUGGCGAGGAAGCUGGACCGGUACUCGGAAUACGGCGCGGCCGUCCUCUUCCUGCUCAUGUGCACGUUCGCCCUGAUCGCGCACUGGUUGGCAUGUAUCUGGUACGCCAUCGGUAACGUGGAGCGCACUGGCUCGGGGCGCAGCAGUGCUCUGAGGAUCGGCUGGCUGGACAAUCUCGCCGACCAGAUCGGCAAGCACUACAAUGAGAGCGACGCCCUGUCUGGCCCCAGCAUCAAGGACAAGUACGUCACCGCCCUGUACUUCACCUUCAGCAGCCUGACCAGCGUCGGCUUCGGCAACGUCUCACCCAACACCAACCUGGAGAAGAUCUUUUCCAUCUGCGUCAUGCUCAUAGGCUCUCUGAUGUACGCCAGCAUUUUCGGGAACGUCUCGGCCAUAAUCCAGCGCCUGUACUCGGGCACGGCACGCUACCACACCCAGAUGCUGCGUGUGAAAGAGUUCAUCCGCUUCCACCAGAUCCCCGGUGGCCUGAGACAGCGACUGGAGGAGUAUUUCCAACACGCCUGGUCCUACACCAACGGCAUCGACAUGAACGCUGUGCUGAAGGGUUUUCCUGAGUGUCUGCAGGCCGAUAUCUGUCUGCACCUGAACCGAACCCUGUUGCAGAACUGUCAUGCCUUCAAUGGGGCGAGUAAAGGAUGUUUACGGGCGCUGGCGAUGCGCUUCAGGACCACACACGCACCCCCGGGGGACACGCUGGUACACAGUGGAGACGUCCUCACCGCCCUGUACUUCAUCUCCCGCGGCUCUAUCGAGAUACUCCGGGACAAUGUGGUCGUGGCCAUUCUGGGUAAAAACGAUAUCUUCGGCGAGCCCAUCAGCCUGUACGGGAGGCCCGGCAAGUCGAGCGCAGACGUUAGAGCUCUGACCUACUGUGACCUACACAAAAUCCUGAGAGAUGAUUUGCUGGAGGUGCUGGACAUGUACCCCGACUUCUCUGACAGCUUCUGGACCAACCUGGAGAUCACGUUUAACCUGCGAGAUGCAGACAGAACCCUCCAGUCAACCCCCAGCGAAGAGUCUGUCUGCGGUUAUAGACGAAGCCACCACAGGAGACACUCGCUUCAUCGCAAUCGACCCGAUGGCACGGAUAAAGAAGACACCAAACUGGACCAGUCAUGUGACCCUGUGAGAAACCACAGGGGAGCGCUGGUGCAUUUGGACGAGCUGUGCAGCAGCGUGAGCGCCGGCUCGCUGUCCAGUCGGGACGAGAUCAAACCCUCGGGACCCGGGCGGGGAGAGAUCUACUCGGAAGUGGGCGAGUACGUGCCCGCUGUGGUAAACCUGCUGCCUUCUGACGACAAUAGAGAAGACGAAGCGCAACCCUACCCAGGUUCACUGAACAUAACAGGCCAGUACAGCUGCUGGGCCGAGCGGGGCCCGGAUCAGUACUCGGAGAACCUGAGACGCUCAUCAGCAUCAGCAUCAGCGCGUCCCUACCAUCAUCACAGUCAGCGUCAGCACCAGGGUGUGAGAACAGAGGAGAGAGCAGGUGAUCUGCAGACUCGCCUCGAGGUGCUGCAGUCCCAGCUGAACAGGUUGGAGUCGAGGAUGACAGCCGACAUUAACGUGAUCCUACAGCUGCUGCAGAGACAGGUGGCUCUGGUGCCCCCGGCCUACAGUUCUGUGUCUCCAGGGGUCAUGGUCCACCACCCCACUCCUUCCAGCCUGUAUGGAGCCCCUGUACACUUCAAGGACACACUCGCCUCAAGCAGCACCACCACCACUGAUAAUACACCCAACUCAGACAGCCCAAAUCAAGAAUCCAUCGCGGCUCUCUCCAGCCAUGUUCACCUGAACCCACCUUCAGACGACGCUGCGUCCAUGUCCCCGGAAACGAACACCAAAUCAGCCGUCUUUGCUGGUCUCAGCACCCCUGAAAACCUCCCUGCUAGCCUGAGCCUGCGUUUCCCUUCACUGCCUGAUCACCUGGAGAGCCCGAGCAGCCUGCUGAACACAGCGGACAUUCAGAGGCACGUGUCCUACCCCGUCCUCCCGGGUAGCUAGAGCUGAGAGAGGUCGGCAGUGUUGUCUCCUCAUCCCGGACCCCGUGUGUCCUACAUAAGCUCUGCUACAGGGCAGGCUGGACAGGACACGGCUGCAGUCUGUUGUUUCAGAAACUGUGAGGUUAUUAUGAACUGUGAGCUGCUGCUUUUUGACAUGGAUUAGUCCACAUGGAGUGGAAAAAACACAGUCCAAGACACUGACAAAACACAGACAUAGCGGGACACUUUAGCACAAAUGGAACACUGGACCACAUUAAUGCUGUUAUAGAAAGUAGUGUUAUUUAUUUUUAAAUCACAAAUCUGAUGCUGAGUAUCUGUAUUUCUGAGUAUCUGUAUUCAUUUUCCUCCCAAUCUAGUUGUAUCCAAUUACCCGAUCACAUUUCCUCUACUGCUGCCCCCUCUGACACGUGUGGAGUAGCCGACCGCUUCUUUUCACCGGCACGAGGCAGGUUCAUAUGGAGAUCAUGUACUGCUAUAGACUGUGUACCCUCCAAGUACCAAAAGCUAAUCCAAGUACCAAAAUGCCUUUUAUGACAUAUGUGCAUUGUUUUAUGCAUUAAUAAUAAUAAAUAUUAAUAAUUAAUAGUAAUUUAACAAAUGUUUGAGUUGACUAACAGUAGUGGGGGUAUUUAUGGUUCUAGGGAAUAUGUUGUUGGUGAGAUUUAUGGUUUGGUGUGUAUGAUUUGGUGGCUAUGGGGAUUAAUUAGAUUAUAGGAUAUUUGGCUUUGGAAUGUGUGUGUGCUUGGGGUAUUAAGGUGUAGGAGUAUUUAGAAUUGAGUGGAAUUUGGAUGAGAGGCAGUUUAAGGGCUGUGGUAGUAUUUUGCAUGGUGCUGUAUAUGAAAGUGGGUCUUUAAAUGUGGGCAUAUUUUAUUGUUUAGGGACAUUUAGAUGUAGAGAUUAUUUAUGUUUAUUUAUGAUUAUUUAUGAGUAUUAAUGGUUAAGAGGUAUUUGGAUGUGGGGGCUGUAUUUGGAAGCCGAAGUCAUAAUAAUGAAAGAAAACACAAAUGAUCACCCCAGCUGGCACUAUUCAAGUCAUAAUUUCAGUCCGCGAUUUGUGUUCCGACAAGACAACCUUUCAGAUUUUUUAGGGGAAUAAUAGGUAUGGCCAUGUGUAUUUUAUUAUGCCAACACAAAGCCACAUUCUGCACUUUACAACAGCAUCAGGUGCUAGACUGGCCUGCCAGCAGUCUAGACCUGUCGUCCACUAAAAAUCUGUAAUGAUUUUAAAAAAAAAAAGCUCUCUGAACUUGGGUUAAUUAAUGAUUUUGAAGUAUUUGAAAAGAAUAAUGAUGUAACACAGUGUUUUAAAACAUUUGUAAGUAGUUUCAUGAAGUAAAACAUCAAAUAUGUUUUACUGUUUUCAAAUUACAGAUCAUUUAUUAUAGCAUUUUACAGAAGAAAC